AUGUCUAUGAUAGAGGAUACGUUCAUUCGCUUAAUUUCUCCUCUGAGCUUCCAUCAUGGAAGGCGAGAUGGACAUCUAUAUAGCGAUCAAAAUGGUGAGAACAGCUCGUUAACUGCUUUUGGAUCUUUCUUCAAGAAAAACCGGCACGCUUCCGCUUUACCAGACAGCGAGUUCACUCGGCUUAUGAACGAGACCCUCUCCAGCUAUCCUUUACGGUACAUUGUUCGUGAGACUGCCCGCAUUGGUUGCUGCACUACGCCUUCAUCAUAUCACGCACUACCCUAG